AAUUACUAUACAACAACGACGGACUCUCCCUGCCAGCCGAAAAUUUGAAUAUUUCGCCGUAGCGCUUUGAUUUGGGUUAUUGUUGGGAGUUAAGCAACACUUAUGUCGUAAAAAUGUAACACAUGCUUCUAAAAAAUUUAGGAUUCGUCGUGCCAUUGUAAAAAUACGAAUUUAUCAUUAAAAUAAAAUGUUGAUCUCCACAACCUAUUUAACUUACAGAAAAUUAUCAGUUGGAAUACAUGUAGCACGGAUUUUGGUAUAUUCAUCAUGCUACUUUGUUUGUUGAUCUUAUCUUCCCAGAUCAUGCUGUCAGAUUUCAAAGACCAUCUCGAUGUUACAAUGAGUGAGUUCUAGAUAAUGUUGCCGAAAUCACGGCAAUUUAAAUUUAAGUGAAAAGAUAAGACAAUGAGAUGCCAUAGAAUCUUUGCUCAUAAAGAACUACAGAAGUAAAGUAGUACGGGAUUUCAUUUAUAGUUACUUUUAAACUAAAAUAAACAUCCUGGAAAAGGAUUCAAACUCGACCGAAAAUCAACAUCCCAUUUCCCUCAAGCUCACUGGCGCGCCUAUUUGACUACCAAAACAUCUGACUUCGCUGGAUUUUAUUAUGGUCUUGGUUGUUACUGAUGCCUAGGAAGAAAUCAUUAAAGCUCAAUAACACUGGGUGUAUAUUUUGUUCUGAAGUUGAUGAUUAUCCACUAUUAGGACCUAUUAUUGAGAAAAAUGGUUUCAAAGUGCAUACAAAUUGUAUAUUUGCCGCCAGCGGUUUAUCUCAGACGAACAAUGAGAAUGAGUCCCCGGACGAUUUCAUAGUUGGAUUCGCUGUUCCUUCAAUUCUCAAUGAACUUAGACGCGGUCGUAGCUUAAAAUGUUCGGUAUGUCGUCUCCCCGGAGCAUGUGUUGGAUGUGUUGUUAACACUUGUCACACCACCUUCCAUCUUCCAUGUUUAAUUAAAGCUCAAGGGAUAACGAUAUUUGAAGGCAACUUUCCUUCCUACUGCCGCCGCCAUGCCAACAGACAGAAUUUAGAUGGCUGGUUGACGCAAUGCAAGGAACCUCCCUCUUGUUGUAUCUGUCUGUUCUCAAUUGUACCAGACAAAGAUUUCGAAAGCAGUUGUCUGCCCAUAAAAAGACAAAAGUCUGUACCCAUUCAUUCUUCGGCAACAAAAGAAAAUGUUCCAGUCCUCAACGAAACCAGGCGUACAAGACGGUCUUGUGUGGCUCCUUCAACUCCUAAACGAAUUACUGUUUCAAACGGGAUGUCUUCUGUUAAGAGAAGAUAUUCUCAAUCAGAUACAUCUACUUGGGAGUUACCCGGUUCUUCCUCUUCGGAGCCCGAAGAACAAAAUCCUGUUCAACAACAUAAAACACCCAAAGAAUCUGUUACACUACCUUCAUCAAUGUCACAUAUUCCUGGGUGGUUGAGUGACUACUUUCUGAGUCUUGCUCCUGAAAAGAGGCUUCCUGUCUUUGAGGCAUGGAAACAUCACACUAUCCAUGGGCUCUGUUGUCCUUUAUCGUGGAUGCAUAGAAAUUGUAUUGCAGGUUUUGCUGUUUCUGCUGCAUUACAUUACUUAAAAUGCCCUUACUGUGCAAAUAGAGAAAUAUUCAUCAGGUCUAUCAUCGAUACUGGUAUAUGGGUCCCAGAUCAGGAUGCAGCCUGGGAAUUGGAACCAGGGGCUUAUGCAGAUCUUGUUCCCAUUAGCGAAUGUUCCUCUAAUGAUGAACCACAAAGUAACGAUACAUCCACUUCAUCAUCUCAGUGUGAUUGCAAUCGGUGGAGCCAAAAAAAUGUCAGCCAUGCGGCGCACGUUACACAGACUGCGGGUGUACGAGUUGAGUAUGCAUCAUCCAGUGGAUCACCGUCUACAGAUCAGGAGCGUGUUCCAGUACUUUCACUUAUAUGGAACAACCAAAACUUCAAAAAACGUCGUGGAAGAAAGCCUUCAUCAAGACGUCGGACGCAAAUAUCUCAAGCCGUUCCAAAUACACCUGGUCCAACUCGUGUUUCUCGUAGGCACACGUCCAUUACAACACGAAGUAUUCAGGAUGAUCACUCUCCUAAUAGUGCUUCAAAUGAGAGCAGACUACGUCAAGUAACCUUAGGAUCUUUUCUUUCUGUUAGGACUCAGACUUCCCGGUAACUCCUUUUGCACUUCAGAUUUUCUUAGUUUGUCUCUAUUUCCUAAAUCUCUGACAUUAAAAAGUUAAAGAUUGAAUCUGUACAUACAAAAAAUUCUAUUUGUUUUAACAGAUUCCUUUUUAUGAAAACAGUAGGGUAGGUGCGUUAUGCAUCAUUUUAUCGUUGUUAGUGCUUAUGAAUCUUUUAGGACUUAAUGAAAUACCAUCAGUUCGGUAAACACGAUUGUGUUUUGUAAGAUUACAUGGUAAUUUUGUAUUGAUUACUUUUAUUAUGCUUUCCCUAAAGGCCUCAAUGUCCGUACAGUUAUAAAUUUAAGGACUGAAUUUUAUUUGGAAUCCUUUAAUUUUACGAAGUAAUAACCUGUGGUGGGGAUAAUUGAACUUUUUAAAUCAUUCAAGUAUGAUUAGGUAGGAUAAAACUACUUUUGUAAACAUUGGUUUAUUUAUUGAGUCCAAAUCAGGACUUACGCAUUUUACAUUAUUUAUUUAUUUAAGCGCACAAAAUAUAGUAUAACUACCAGAGAUAGGGUGACCAUACAAAAUGUGGGUAAGAUCGUAAGGAAAAGGAAGUACAUUUAAAAGAAAAGUAUAGUCAACAAAAUAAUUAAUAAGAACGGUAUGUGGUAAAAGAUAUAGUUCAGCCAAUAGCACACACACGGAAAUUCGGAAUUCCUGUAGUUAAAUUCUCCUUUCGCAGCAGGAUCGCCGUUCGUCGCUGGAACUCCAACCAAGGAGUCGCAAUCGACUAACAAAUGUCAAUCCUAUACUGACUUUCACACUACGGUGCCAAGCCAUAAACUGACUACCGCUUUUUUAAACCACUCCUAGUGUCAUCAAUCAACGUGCGCUGAGGUGACAUUCGUAACACUUUCAAGUCACCGAAUCCGGUUUUUAGGGGUUCGUGACAUCAAGUGAGUUUUCAUCGCAUUACUAAUGUGUUGCAACUGGAUGUUAGCAAUCCCUCGGAGAUGACGUAAUCAGACACAGAGUCAUCCGGCUCCCUAACUCGGAGAGGUUAGACUUUCUAAACAUAGGACGAAACUGUUCUCACCGACG